AUGGUCAUUUUUUGGCUGGUGCUGCUAGGGGGGCUGCCCACCUUUUCCCUGGGACUCCUGGUCUGGGUUGUGGGUCACCACCUCCUCACCGCAGAAAUCCCCUCUGCCUUCUCGCAUAAGGUCAAGUUCAGGUUCCUGCACUGCAUGCUGCUGUAUGUGAUUGCCCUGGGGAAUAUACUGGAAAAACUGAAAAUUGCCUCCAUGCCUGGAUUUGUCCAAUUUUUACACGACUUGCUACCCAUAAAGAAGGACCCUAAAGUGUUGGUGACCAACUUACGUUUCGGGACAAUCCCCGUGAGGCUGUUCCAGCCCAAGGCCGCAUCCCCCCGUCUCCAUCGAGGCAUCAUCUUCUUCCAUGGAGGGGGUGCAAUGUUCGGCAGCCUGGAUUGUUACCACAGCCUGUGCAGUUUCCUGGCCCGGGAGACGGACUCGGUCCUGCUGUCAGUUGGGUACCGCAAGCUCCCUGACUACCACUUCCCUGUUGCUUCCUACGAUUGCCUGAAUGCCUCCAUCCACUUCCUAAAGACCCUGGAAACCUAUGGGGUGGACCCCUCCCGGGUUGUGCUCUGUGGAGAAAGCAUUGGAGGUGGGGCUGUGGCCAAUGUCAUUCAGGCCUUGGUGGGCAGACAAGAUCUUCCCCAGAUCCGGGCUCAGGUCCUGAUUUAUCCAAUUGUCCAGGUCAUAAACUUCCAGUUGCCAUCAGUUCGGCAGAAUCAAAAUAUUCCAUUCCUCAAUAGAGACUUCAUGAUGACUUGUGUGUGUAAAUAUCUGAGCAUUGACCUCUCCUGGAAAGACGCCAUGUUGAAAGGUACUUGUAUUUCUGAGGAUGCCUGGGAGAAGUACAGGAAGUGGUUGAGCUCUGACAACAUCCCCAAAAGGUUCAGAAGCAAAGAUCAUGAACCCGAGUUUCCUGGACCUUUUAACGAGGCCGCGUAUCUGGAGACCAAGCAUACUUUGGAUGUAGGAAAUUCACCCCUCAUAGCAGAUGAUGAGGUCAUCGCUCGGCUUCCUGAGGCCUUCGUGGUGAGCUGUGAAGGGGACACCCUCCGCGAUGAUGCCUUGCUCUACAAGAAGCGUUUGGAAGACCACGGGAUCCCUGUGACCUGGUACCACGUGGAGGAUGGCUUCCACGGGUGCAUAAUUUUCUUUGACAAGAAGCUUUUCUCCUUCCCCUGUUCCAAGAAUAUUAUGAAUGCCAUAGUCAGGUACAUAAAGGAUAUCUGA